UUAGAUAAGAAAGAAAAUUGGUAAAAAAAAUAAUACAAUAAUAAUAAAUUACUCAGAUUACAUGAAUAAUAAUUCGCUGAAAUUCGGAAUAUUAAUAGCAAAGAUAACGUGUAUUUCGAUGUAAAAAUGAAGUGCCUAUCCUCGUUCGCAAGUUAGAUAUUUCAAUCGUGAACAUUUCGCCAUGAAAUCGUAAAUACAUCGAGUAUAAAAUGUCUAUAAACGAAUCGCAAAUCACAGUGGUCAUCGCCAGCUUACUGGACGCUACUGGCGAUAAAGAUGAGAAAGUUCGAUUGGCGAUCAUCUCAUCGCUGAAAAAAAUUGCCAAACAUCAUUUACUCGGUGUUUUAGAAACGACCAUUAAUCAUCGUCGAAAACAUUCCAAGUUGAAUGUACAAGAAUUACGAUUCAUUUGGAGUAUGAUUAAAGAUAUCUGCGAAGAGAAUAUUUCCAGUAUGGAUGAUAAAUUGGUAUACCUUGUGACCGAUUACGCUUUAGAAGAGUCACUGAAACUUAACGAUGUUCCGUUUACUUCGGCCGAUAUUUUAAUCACCCUAGGACCGAAGCAUUUUGUCCCAGUGUACGAUAAAAUAUCGAGGCAUAUGAAGGAUGAUAUUCCGCCGCAGCCUUCGAUUAUUUACAUUAUUGGUAACCUAGCGAUGAUCAAUGUCCACGCAUUUCUUCCAUUCAGUAAACCGUGCUUCGAUUACUUGUUAUCUAUAAUGCCGUCCAUCAAAAUCGACACUCUUCGUAAAUUAUAUGCCACUUCUGUGGCGCAGGUUGCCGAAGCUGUGAUAGAAUGUAUAUCGGCCGAUGAUUCGUCCGCCGCUAAAGAGACGUAUUCUCCUAUUGUCGAAGAAAUAUUCGAAUCGUUUUCCAACACCUGGCUACAAAUUAAAGAUUAUAAAUUAUGCGAAGCUGUAGUUCGUGCUAUGAGCAGUAUGAUAUUAUUAUUUAAUGCCCAGAAAUUACGUGACGAUACUCCUCGUAUUUUAAAUAUCUUCCUCGGAUUAUACAAGAAACCCGCAACUCUUCCUCGUUACGUUAUCACUCAGGGUAUUAGUAAUUUGCUAUCUAUUGUUCCUCGAGCCACGUUGCAGCCAUUACUGGAUAACUUAUUGCAUACUCUGCAUGUUAUGGUCUGGAUUACGCCAGAUUUUGCUCAGCCUCUCACCGUUAAAAAUCAUAGCGAAGUUUUACGAUGUUACGAUUACAUAGGAGUAAUAAUCGAGGAAAAAUUAUGCGAAGUUAUAUUACGCAAUUUACGAUCGGCAUCCGAGCAAGAUAAAGUAGUCGGAUUGAUAGUCGCUACCCAUUUAUUGAGUUCCUCUGAAAAAAUUCUGAAACCAAAGCUUAACGAUUUAAUAUCGAUUUUACACAAUUUAUUAAAUGAAAAUUCGAUCAAGAUAAAUAAAUGCCUGGUGAAAAUCAUCGUCGCAUUGGCUUAUCGAGAAUAUCUCAUGGAAAAAGAUUCUGUAUUUAUUGAAUUCUUGGUGAAACAUUGUUACCACGGAUCUAGUAAUCACGAUUUGGAAGAUUUAGAAUCUAUGUGUAGCAGCACUAUUUAUUUAUUGAGUACGUCUGUUCCUGUGGUGCAACAUUUAUGUUGGAAAGUACUGCUAAAAGUUCUUGUCAGCGGGGAGUACAGUCAAUCAGCGGCCAUAUUCGCGAAAUCGCUCGCUUAUUUGAUCUCGAAAUGUGAUGCCACCGUUUUUGAAAAAAAUUGUUACGAACGAUCAGAAGCGGUUUUCGUGCAUGUUAUUUCUUUACUAGGAAGCCCGUUACAUCAAGGUAGAGGAGUCUACCUGUUGAAUUUUCUUGGACUUUAUAUAAUUUGGAAAGUUAAAAUCGAUGUGCCAAUUUGGAAACAUAGAAUUAAUCAAUUAAUCUCUAUUCUCGAAGAUGCCAAAUGGAACGAAAGCGAAUGGGAAAACGUCUUAUUUGACGCGCUUUCUUCAUCAUUUACCGACGAAACGAAAACUUGGCUAGUUUCGGUGAACACCGAAACACUCAUGCUGUUGUCCGAACGUUUAACCGGAGUCGAUAGCAAUCAAAACGUCACCUCUGAUAAUAAUAUCACCGUCAGUGAACGUGCCAUGCUGUAUAAGAUGUUGGCAUUUUUCACUCAAUACGUCGAAGAAGACUCGGUCAUAAAUUCGAAUAUUGAGAAAAUCCUGCAUCCUAUUCACCAGCGUUCUAUGAUCGAUUUAAAAGCUUGUGGUCGUGCCAUUGGUAUUUUAUCGAGAACCAAUCUGAAUCACGUACUGAAACAGAUGGAGCUUCUGCAGCAAUCUUUACUGUUUCGAAAAACUACCAAAUUCUUGGGUUUAAUCAAAGAUUCAAAAAGCGAAACCGAUGUUGAAACCGUUAGACGAAUGAUUUGCGAAUGUUACUCCGAGAUUUUAACCGAAGCUCCGGCUCGACUCCUUUUACCUAAAUUGAAGAAUUUGGCUCAAUGGUUCAUCAACCAGAUGCAAACUUCUAAAGAUUCCCAAACCAAAAACGCGUGUCUCGAAGCAUUAUUAUCGGUAUCGGAAAUUUUGCUCAAACAUGAAGAAAUCUACGACGACGUAGAAGAUUGUCGAAAAAAUUUGCUAACUUUUACGACCAAUUUGAUCGAUGGUGAAAAAAAUAUGCCCAAUGUGAUCGCUUUGCGUAUUUUUACAACAUUGUUUAAAUUAUCCUUCAAAUUGCCAGCCAACGAAAAACUGCAACUAUUGCAGAAGAGUUUGAAUAAAUUAUUUCAGUAUUACUGCAACACUUCUCCUGGAUCUAGUUCGACUCCUUCCAACGAAUGUAAAACUUGCGAGGACGAUCCUGUGGUUUCUCAAUUGAAUUUAUCCAUCAAGGAGACCGUUAACGCUAAUAGUUCCAACGCCGAAGAAAUUAUUAUGUUUUUACAGCCUUGGCUUUCGCACAGGAUCAUUAAUUUAAGAAUGGUUUCAAUGUAUUUGCUCAAAGGAGCGUUAAACUAUUACGUAGAAUGCUUCCUUAAUGAUUCCGAGUACUCUAUUAGAUUCAAUCAAAUGGGACCUUUACUCGGAAAAAUUUACGUUCGUACUUUGGAAUGCAAUAAAGAUUUAGCGAACCUGGCUCGAGAAUGCGUUAUACUUCUGUUAGCGGUUUUAGAUUGCACUAAAAACGAGAACGUUAAAAUUGAAGAUAUUCAGCACGAAUUAUCCAAAGUUGACGAAUUCAAUGUCGAGAAUUCUCUCAUAUCUGCUCAUCAGAAAUUUUCGUCGACUCAGAUGUCUUUCAUUAUUGAAAGCUUAAUCAAUGGAUUAUUGGAUUCAAAUGACAGCUGCUGCUUAGGCACUGCCGACCUAUUGACGACGCUGUUUUCGGAAAUUGGAUUUCAUUUCAAUCGCCAAGCUCUGGAUAUUUUCAGUACAAUGCUUCUGAAUUUUCCGAAAAUUACUAACGAAGAGUUACUUACCAGCAGCUCUAAAGCAUUGAUUUCUUUAGCCAAACAUCACACCGAGAUGUUCGUCAAAACUGUCAUCAAACAGAAUAUUCCGUUCCAUCCAAACGUGAAUAAAGUUUGGCAAAUUUUAUCCGAAGAUAAAGAGCUAUCGGAGGCUGCUUUGAAAAUAUUACUUGAUAUGAUCAAAACGGAACCGAUCCAUGAUGAAGAUUUAUCAUCCAACAAACCUAAAAAGCUUUCGACUCGAUUGAUUGCCGCCAUUUAUUCGAUGAAGGAGAUCUUGUCGUUCACAUUGAACAAUAAGUUCGCUGUUGACUCGUUCAGCGAAACGUUUUCCACAUUUUUGGUUCUGAUGCCACGUUACAAAGGAGAAUAUUUCUAUAGUGCCGAUCCUACAGCAACGAGCACUAAUAAAACAUCCAAAGAAUCGACUGUCUGUAUUUUACCGUCCAAGUUGGUCCUCGAUACCUUACUCGUUAUGCUGGAUUGUGCCAAAUGUAACGAUGAAAAAGAUAACAUUCGAAACUUAUCUAAUAACGUGGAAUUCAAGAAAACUAAACUGGAAUCUGCCUACUUCGAUCUAAUCAAGUGUUUGACGAGAUCCGUUUGCAAUUAUAACUGUAAAGCGGUCGCUGAAAUACUUACAAUUGUUAACACCCAUUGUAACGACAGUAAUGAAAUUGUCCGGUGUACUGUGGCAGCAUUUUUUGCUGAGAUACUGAAUACCCCGUGUAAAGAUCGAAUCGAUGUGGUUGAAUCGGUUGUGAAUUCGUUGCUUAAUUUGUUAAACGAUUCGUCGCCGGUUAUUCGAGAAAACAGUUUGACAGGAUUGGCAUCUUUGUCUACGUUGGAAAGUCGAGUCGUGGAACAGCACAAAGAGAAGGUACUAUCCGCGUUGAUGCAGGGUUUAGACGAUACCCAAGCUUUAGUACAACAUGGAAUCAUUUUACGAUCGUUGAUUGGAUUAUCUAAAUUAUUGUCGUCGUUGAAGAACGAUUAUCCUGAUGAUAUUUUCGUAUCAAUGGCCAUUGGAAUGAAACCAUUUUUUGAAAAGGAAAAUUCGGAAAUUCGUAGCAUAUCGUUAAAGCUAUUUGGCGAAUUGGCUCAAUGCGUGAAAGAAAAAACAGAUGAAAAGAGUUCGUUCGCUGAGCAAGUUCAUAGUAAUUUGAUCUGCCUAUUAUUUCAUCUAGCUGAGAAAGAAAAAUCAGUAUCAGAGGCGUGUAAAUAUUCUUUACGUGAAACGACGAGUUUUUUGAAAUCUGACGAGCUUCUGUCGCUUACUAAAGAACAUCUCGAUGAUAAUGCAACCUUCGUUUAUGCAGAUUUCUUCACCCAAUUCAUUAAAGUUCUGGGUAAAGAAUUUCCAGAUCGUUGCUCGGAUUUUAUUAUGACUGCAAUGUCGUACAGUAAAAGUAACUGGGCUGAGGUGAGGGCCGUGGCUGCUACGUUUAUUGGUCUCAUGUACAGUAAUCAAAUUACAAAUGUACAAGAAAAACUUCCACUCGAUUUCGUCAGCGUUAAGUUAUUAAUUUUAUUGAAAGACGGUGAUGUUCAAGUACGAGCUAAUGCAGCUGCUUCCUUAGGUGUAGUCAUACAAGCAACAUACCAAGUGUCUUCAGAAACCGAAGAGUGAUAUUUUUUACCAUUUUGUACUUAUAUAUUUCACUUUUACAGUCUUUUUAAAUUUUUUAAUCAGUCAUUUUUUUUCCUUUUUUUUUUAAUUUAUCGCGUUGAAAUAAUUUUACUGUGGUUGUUUGCCCCAUUGUUAUGUUAUCGUUUAUUUUUAUCCUAUGAAAUAUUUUACACGUUGUAUUCGGAAAGUGGUGUUCGAUUUACGAAAUAAAAUUAUUAAAAUGUGAAA